AUGAGCCCUCUACGACUGCAGCAAGUCUGGGGCAUCGCCCAGGUCCAUCGACACGCUCGAUACUCGCGGUUCUUCCAUGUCUCUCGCCUUCGCUGCGCUCCAACCCCUACCAAGCCAGCUCACGCAGUCGCACGCGCUGCUGUUGGCUCAUAUGGUCAACAAGAGGGAGACCAUGUUCUGAACUCACCAUCUGAACUCGCACGAAAAAUCUCCGCGAAAGUGUUACCCAAGAUCCCGCGUCCUGAUGUGCGCAAGGUGCUGAUCGUCGGUAGCGGUGGCCUUAGUAUCGGGCAGGCGGGCGAAUUCGACUACUCUGGUUCUCAGGCACUCAAGGCUCUGCGCGAGGAGGGUAUCGACGCUGUCCUGAUCAACCCAAAUAUCGCGACGUGGCAGACAUCGCAUCAGCUGGCCUCGGAAGUGUACUUCUUGCCCAUCACCCCGGAUUAUGUUGCAUACGUCUUGGAAAAAGAACGGCCUGAUGGAAUCUUGCUUACUUUUGGUGGUCAAAGUGCACUUAAUGUCGGCAUCGAGCUAGACAAAAUGGGCAUCCUGGAGCGGCUUGGUGUGAAGGUGCUUGGUACCCCGAUCCGCACUUUGGAAGUAUCAGAGGAUCGGGACUUGUUUGUUCAAGCUCUGAAAGAGAUUGAUAUUCCUGUUGCGCAAUCUACGGCUGUUUCUUCGGUGAAUGAUGCUCUCGCUGCAGCGGAGCGGAUCGGUUAUCCAGUUAUUCUUCGAUCCGCAUUUACUCUUGGUGGUCUUGGUUCUGGUUUUGCAAACAAUCCAGAGGAACUUCGGGAUCUAUCGGCGAAGAGUUUAAGUCUCAGUCCCCAAGUCUUGAUCGAAAGGAGUAUGCGCGGCUGGAAAGAACUUGAGUACGAGGUCGUUCGCGAUGCUGCUGACAACACCAUCAUCUGCUGCAAUAUGGAGAAUUUCGAUCCCCUCGGUACACAUACAGGUGACUCGAUCGUCGUCGCACCGUCUCAGACUUUGCCAGAUGAUGAAUAUCAUAUGCUCCGUUCUGCCGCUCUUAAGGUCAUUCGUCAUCUUGGUGUGGUGGGUGAGUGUAACAUUCAGUACGCUCUCAAUCCUACGUCCAGGGAGUACUGUGUGAUCGAGGUCAACGCUCGGUUAAGUCGUUCUAGUGCAUUGGCAUCGAAGGCAACUGGUUACCCGCUAGCAUAUACAGCAGCCAAAAUCGCACUCGGACACACUCUGCCGGAGCUUCCGAACGCGGUCACGAAAACUACCACGGCGUGCUUUGAGCCUUCUUUGGAUUAUAUCGUUACCAAGAUUCCGAAGUGGGACCUUGCGAAGUUCUCCGCUCAAGUGAACCGUGAGGUCGGUUCAGCAAUGAAGUCGGUUGGUGAGGUCAUGGCCAUUGGACGUACCUUUGAGGAGAGUCUGCAGAAGGCCAUUCGCCAGGUCGACCCACGUUGGAAGGGCUUCGAGGCAUAUAUACAACCGGAAGAUCUAGACCGAGCUUUAUCUCAUCCGACAGACAUGCGCUUGUUUGCCAUUGCGUAUGCGAUCUUCAACAAGAAGUACACGGUCGACCGGAUUCAUGACCUGACGAAGAUUGACAAGUGGUUUUUGUACAAGAUUGAUAACAUUGUUCAGACGGUGUAUGCCCUAAAGGAAGUCGGUUCAUUGGAGAAGAUCGACCACGAACUGAUGCAGCGUGCGAAGCGUAUGGGUUUCUCUGACCCUCACAUCGCUGAUCUUGUGUCCUCUCGCGAAGACGCCGUGCGAGCUCACCGCAAAUCCCUCGGCAUUACUCCAUUCGUCAAACGCAUCGACACCCUCGCAGCCGAAUACCCAGCGCACACUAAUUACCUUUAUACGACAUAUAACGCGUCUGAGCAUGACGUUACUUUCGACGAGCACGGUACAAUGGUCCUUGGCAGUGGUGUCUAUCGCAUUGGCAGCAGUGUCGAGUUCGAUUGGUGUGCGGUGACCUGCGCGCGGAAACUACGCGAGAUGGGCCAGAGGACAAUUAUGGUCAACUAUAACCCUGAGACAGUGUCCACGGAUUUCGAUGAGGCAGACAGGCUGUAUUUCGAGGAACUGGGGUAUGAACGAGUCAUGGACAUUUACGAACUGGAGCAGGCGCAGGGUGUGAUUGUCAGCGUCGGAGGUCAAUUGCCGCAAAAUAUUGCCUUGCGACUCAAGCAGAACAACGUUAAUGUCCUUGGAACUGAUCCCGAGAAGAUUGACAAUGCGGAAGACCGCCAUAAGUUCUCGUCCAUCUUGGAUAGCAUUGGCGUGGACCAGCCUCAAUGGGCUGAGGUGUCCUCUGUUAAUGCUGCGAAGGCAUUCGCACAAAAAGUUGGAUACCCUGUCCUAAUCCGUCCGUCGUACGUCUUGUCUGGAGCUGCUAUGAAUGUGGUCUACGAAGAGUCUGCGCUCGAAUACAACCUCUCCGCUGCUGCUUCCGUCUCCCCCCUUCACCCAGUCGUCAUCACCAAAUUCAUCGACGGUGCCCAAGAGAUCGACGUCGACGCUGUAGCUCACCAGGGCAAGCUUCUACUUCAUGCUGUUUCUGAGCACGUUGAGAACGCCGGUGUGCACUCCGGAGAUGCGACACUUGUUCUUCCUCCGUUCUCGCUCACCGAACACGAUAUGACGCGUCUGAAGGAAAUUGCAGAAAAAGUAGCUAUCGCAUUCGAUAUCUCAGGUCCCUUCAAUAUGCAGGUCAUCCGCAAGGCCGCCGAAGAGCCCGGCCAAGAUGCACAGCUUAAGGUCAUUGAAUGCAACUUGCGUGCCUCGCGUUCAUUCCCUUUCGUUUCGAAGGUCCUUGGACAUAACUUCAUCGACACUGCGACGGCUGCUAUUGUUGGUCAGAACGUGCCGGAGCCCGUGGAUGCCAUGGCGGAGAAGCGCGACUACACCGCGGUCAAGGUUGCGCAAUUCUCUUGGACACGGUUGGGUGGCGCAGAUCCAUUCCUGGGUGUUGAGAUGGCGAGUACCGGCGAGGUGGCGAGCUUUGGCAAGGACAUCCAUGAGGCAUAUUGGGCGUCCUUAUUAAGUACCACAGGCUUCAAGAUCCCGCGGCCAAAUACUGGUGUGCUCAUUGGUGGUGAUAUCAAGACGCCGGAGAUGAGGACUAUAGCCAAGACGUUGUUUGAUCUUGGAUUCAAGCUGUAUUGCUCGUCUCCCGCUGUUGAAGAGUUCCUCAAAGAUAUUCCGUACGUUUCGGCGAAGCGGAUAUUCUUCCCUACCAAAGACAAGCGCAAGCUGCGGGAAGUAUUUGACGAGUAUGACAUAGAGUGUGUUAUUAACCUCGCAAAAGGACGAGGAAAAGACGCAACCGACGAAGAUUAUGUUGCCCGCCGUCUCUUCCUGUUUAGCAAUGCGGUUGACUUCGGUCUGCCGCUGUUGAACAAUCCUCGUUGUGCACAGUUAUUUGUCGAGGCGCUGGCACAGAAAAUACCCCAGGGUGGUCUGAGGAAGUACACUGAAGGCCGUAUCCCCACUGAGGUGCGAUCAUGGCGAAAGUUUGUUGGCAAGAGAGCAUAA